AUGGAGUACUCAUCAUCAAGAAAGUCCUCUAACAAGAUUAGAGACAUAGUUAGGCUUCAACAAAUGCUCAAAAAAUGGAAAAAUCUCGCGAAAAACAACACGACGACACUUAACGAUACUUCCGGCAACAAUGCCUCCUCCGGCACCACCACCACCAAAAGCGGCGGCAUAAAGUUUCUAAAGAAAACUCUCUCCUUCUCGGAAAAGGAACUUUCCGGAACCAUCUCAUCCUCAUCCUCGUCAUCAUUCGUCCCCAAAGGCUACGUUGCGGUUUGCGUAGGAAAAGACGAGCUCAAGAGGUUCGUGAUCCCAACCGAAUACCUAAGCCACCAAGUUUUUGCGAUUCUUCUCCGGCAAGCUGAAGAAGAAUUCGGGUUUCAGACAGAGGGAGUACUCAAGUUACCCUGUCAUGUGGAACUUUUCGAGAAGAUACUCAAGAUGAUGGAGGACAACAAAAGUAUGAGACGGUCAUCGUCCACGUCAUCGCUUGUCUCGUUGAACGACGAGGGGCUCGGAUUUUCUGGGGAGAUUCGUGACCUCAUCAACUACUCGUCACACGUGGAUGUCGUUAGCAAUGAGCGUAAGCUUCCACCGCCACCUCAUCACCAUCCUCAGAUGUGCAGAUAG